UGGAGCUUUGGGCAGAAAGGGACAAAUCAGAGUCUACUCCUGCUCUAGGAUAAUCUAGGAUAAAAUCCCUGUGGCUUGAAAUAGUGCUGUGAACACACAGAAAGCUGGGGAAAAAAAGGUAUUAUUUUUGGCUGAAAGUCUUUAUGGCUGAUGCAGGAACUCUCUCAUUAGUUACUCAUUGCCUCAGAAAGUCUCAUAAAACAGCCAGCAGAGCCCAGCAAAUACUUCAGUCUUGUGGGAGCUCAGAAAUCCAGGAAUUGAACGAGGCCUUGAACCCAUUUUAUAGACUCACUUCUUACUGAGCAACCAUAAAAUAUUAAAAUUCAGACCCUAUAAAUAAGGAGGGGAAAGAACUGUGCAUUUCCCAGCUGAAGCAGCCUCUCCAGAGACUCUUCCCAAGAGCCAGCUCUGCUCCGAGAUGGUGCAGAGAAGCAGCCUCGCCCUCUCCCACGGAGUGCCCGUCCUUGCUGUUUCCUUCUUGGCAUGUGUGGCCACAGGUUUGGAACUGUCUGUAAAUAACCACGCUGCUGACUUCACCCUGUCUACAGGGCUCAGCCCUGCCAUCUCCCUCUCGUGCCUUGUGCACAACAGCAGCCAGCCCGAGGAGCUGCUCUGGUACCGCGGAGCGGGGCAAGUGGAUCUGAAGGAUGGCAAUAAAGUGAACGUCAGCAACAUCUGCAUAUCCCCGGUCAACGAGUCUGACAACGGGGUCACCUUCACGUGCAGGCUGGCACGGGACAAGGCUGUGCAGGUGGCUGUGACCCUGGAUGUGCAGUUCCCUCCCCAGCUGAGUGGAGAGGAGACCCUCCACGUGGAAGAAGAGAAAGAUGUUACUCUGACCUGCAACUCCAAAUCCAACCCUCAAGCCCAAAGCACCUGGUUAAAGGACAACCAGAGCCUGACCCUGCAGCAAAGUCGCCACAAGCUGUACCAGACCAGUGAGGUCUUUCAGCUCUCCAUCACCAAAGUGCAGAAGUCUGACAACGGGACCUACACCUGCGUGGUGGAAUCACGCCUGGGAAACGGGACAAGGGAUUUCCACCUCAUAGUUGAAGAUAAAAAACCUGUUUUUCCCAAGGAGGCUGUUAUUGCUGCUAUCGUGGUGGUUACAAUCACAAUACUUUUUGGAAUUGUGGCUCAAAGAGAGAAAUUUCUAAAGUGCUUCAAGAAACCCAAAGAAACAGCUCUGAGGUGAUUUUUCGUUUCUUCUGUUCAUUUUGCUGCAGGUAAAGAACACCCAGAAAACAUCAUUUCUAGUGGUCAGCCAAAGCCAUUGUGUGAGAUGAUGAGAUAAAGCACUGAAACUGUUUUUUUGGG